AUGCCGAGCGCAAGUCCGGUGAAGAUCAUCGUGGGUAUCAAGCCGCCUUCAAACGAGGUUAGCCCUCCCCACGCUCAAGAACUGGCUGUAUGUGCAAAUGGCUUGCUGCGAUUUGAAGGGUACCUGUAUACAAGCACCAAAGACCCAGCGGCGGGGUGCGUCGUCGCGCGAAGCCGUGUCCUAGACAUCGGAUCCCCGCAUGCUCUAGCUCUUGCGAAAGACUGCGUCGACGAGUGCGCACGGGGACAUGCGCGCUGCCGAGCCCUGCUAGCAUCUCACGAGAGCGAUGCUCUGCUCCCUACCCGUCUCAUCGACUGCUCCGAUCCCAGCCGUCCGCGUCUCGCCCCGACGGACGGCCUACGCGGCAAGUACUGCGCGCUCAGCUACGUCUGGGGCGAGCCGCAACCACACAGCACUCUCACCUCCAACGUGCACGUCUACACUGCGGGGAUCAAUCCUGCGAACCUACCGCAGACUAUCCGCGACGCGAUCUACGUCACGCACGAGCUCGGGAUGCAAUAUCUGUGGGCGGACACGCUGUGCAUAAUACAGGACUCGGGCCAGGACAAGCGGCGCGAGCUCGCUCGCAUGCAUCGCAUCUACCGCGAUGCGCACCUCACCAUCAUCGCAUCCGACGCGCGGAAGGUCAGCGAGGGCUUCCUGCAGGAUCGACCGGACGCUGCC